UAGAUUUUAUCCCAUCCUAUAAUUAUCUCUCCAUUAUCCCACUUUUCUUCGCUCUUUCUCUUCCUUAUCCUUCCUUUUUUAAGAUGAACUUUUCCUUUUUUUCUCUUGUUCUAUCUUUCUUGUAAAAUACUACUUCAUAUUAUUGUCCAAAAUUAAUAUUAUUACAUUGCACAAAAUAUAAUAUAAUUCUAUAAAAAUGUCAAUUGCUCUAGGUAAUAAUCGUUUGGAGCAAGUUUCUAAUGGGUUUUUGCGUAUGAACAAAAUGUCACCGUACAAUUUAUCACCGAUUUUAGAUUCCGGAGAUCGGACGAUGAUGAGAGUGGUUGUUAAAGAGGAGAGAGAAAAUGAAAAUUUGAGAUCAUGCAGUUCUUCAUCUUCUUCAAUUGGAAUGAACAGUGAUGAUGAAAAUGAAGAAGAAAUUAAUGAAGAAGAAGAAGUUCAGAGUAAAUUGAAGAAUACCCCUUUUGAUUCUGCUGUUGAUGCGUUAGAACAAGCUUUACCCAUCAGGAGAGGAAUAUCCAAGUUUUACAAUGGUAAAUCAAAGUCAUUCGCGAGUCUAGGCGAUGCUGCUUGUUCAUCCAUCAAAGAGAUUACGAAGCCGGAGAAUUCAUACUCCCGGAAACGUAAAAACCUACUUGCAUAUAAUCUUCUCUAUGAUCAGGGUCGGGGACGGACAUCGUUGCUCAAAAGUUCUGGGAUUGGAGGUGGCAUAGCAAAAAGACCGACCAACUCUAGCCGGAACACAUUUGCGUUUGCAGUUGCUAUGAACAAUUGCGAGACGUCUAUCGAUGAAGAUGGACAGAUCCCGGAAACGAAUGGGAGGAACAACAUGAGAAAUCCCUCUAUCUCCCCUCCAUCUCCUCUCCCUCCACCUUGGCGGUCGUUUUCCCUUGCUGAUUUGCAGCAUUGUGCUGUUAGUGCUAGUGUUGUGAACUCUAACUUGUCGUCAUCUUUGAUGGGCAAAAGGACUAAUUCUGAUGAAGUAUCUUGAUUGCAGGAUAAAUGUAGGUUGUUCAUCAUCGUGUUUAACAAUCAUAUAUAGUAGGCAGUGUUCAAUCCUGCAUGUUGACUUCUA